GCUGCAGCGCGCGCUCCGCCUGCAGGCAGUUUGGCGUCGAGUGCGGGCGGGUGGACGGGAUCCAGCUCCAUGUGGGCACCUGCCGGCAACUUGUACAACUGUGAAGACCGUAGCCUAGUCUUGCCGCUGCGCCAACAACAGAGCUGGAGAUGGCGGAGAAGCCGGGUCUACCGGAUGAUGCAGGUGCCGGUGAAAUCAACCAGAAGAGCUUCCUGUUCAACCUGUACCAGUUUAUGAAGGAGCGGGGCACUCCCAUCGAGAGAAUCCCACACCUGGGCUUCAAGCAAGUGAACCUGGCCACACUCUACAAGGCAGUGGAGAAGCUGGGUGGUUACGAAGUGGUCACCACAAGCCGUCUUUGGAAGAAUAUUUACGAUGAGCUGGGGGGCAGCCCAGGCAGUACCAGCGCCGCCACCUGUACUCGCCGGCACUACGAGAGGCUGGUGUUGCCGUACGAACGCCACCUGAGGGGGGAGGCUGACCGACCUCUGCCGGCGGGCAAGCCCCGGAAACAGUACAAGGUGGUCCGGGGCAAGGACGGCAAGGGCUCCAGCGCUGAGCUGAAGGAGCAGAACAGCAAGCGGAGACCGGGGAAGACAGGCGUGCAGCAGAACCAAGGCGGUGAGAUCCCCCUUCUGGCGGCCAAUGCGGACACGGGGUCGGGGUCGGCCAGGGACCCUCGCCGCCACUGCACAUCUCCUACCGAAGACCACAAGUGCCCGGGAACGGACGGGGCGACGACGGGAGACAAAGGCUGUGCUGGGUCCCCACGACCAGCCGGCGACAAGGUCCCUGGUCCGGGGUCGAAUGAGGAGCUGCGGGUGGCGGGAGGGGGCGGCGGAGAGACGGGGCCGGAGCUGGAGCCGGGUCCCCACCGCUCUUCGCCCUGGAAGGAGCGGGCAAUCCUGUCGCCUUUAGCCAAGAAGAAGUUCCUCGCCCAGAGAGGGGUGGUGGCGGCGGCCGGAGCCGGAGCGGUCAGUCUGGCCAGACCCUCGGUCAUCCAGCCGCCGCCGCCUCCACCGCGCCCGGCCGGCUGUCGGAUAGCGGGGGAGAGUGGACAGGAGCCGCGGACAAGCCCGGCGCCCCCGCUGCGUCCAGCCGCGGUCAAGCCGCUGCCUCUCCCUGACAGACGGUCCGGGUUCUCCUGCUGCCGCGGCUACAGGGAGCUGUACGACCGGCCUACCGACCUCAGCUUGCCCCGACCCCGGCCUCUCACCCACCCGCCGUGGGCAGUCGAGCCAGGCCGACCUAAAGCGUGCUGGGUGCCGCCUCUAAGCGUGGCGCUGCCGCGGAGGGUACCGGUCAAGCGGCUGAAGGCGGCCGGAGGUUUGUGCGAGGCGGGCCCGCUGACGGAGGCGGCUUUGGGCAAGAGGUAUCGCGUCGUGUCCCCGCUGCGAGUGGUGAAGCAGCCGGAGGCCCAUGAGGGACCGGCGGGGGAGGACAAGCCGGGCAAAGCCCCUCCGCCGACCUGGUUGCUGGCGGCGCCCAGAGCCCACCUCCCCUGCCCAGCCCCGGCGCUGAGGGAGCGGUUCCCGGCCGCCUACCUCCUCCCAUUCAAAGGGCAGGCACUCUAUUCCUCCCUCGUCCCCUCGCUCGCCUUCAGCUCCUUCAUGGCGCCGGCCGGGCCGGCGGGGACUCUCACCGCUCCUGGAUACCCGCUGGAUCUCUACAAACAUUGGGCAACCGGACCUUCCUACGACUCCUUCCUCCGGCAUCGUCUCUACCCGCUAGCUAGUUAUCCCACGCCCUACCUCUCCGCCCAUGUGCGGCCUCCGCUGUAG